GUUACUCCCCAGGAGGAAGCCGGAGCUGCCAACAGCAACGCAACCAAGUGACCACAAAGCUAAGGAAGUGAUUACCCAAGUACAGAAACCCAUGGGCUGUUGUGAUAAAAUGUUUCAAUUGCUCUUGUCUCCCUAUUUUGCUGGAAGUGACGCAGCCCAGCUGUAUCUUGUCCGGAAGUAUUGAAUACAAGAGGAGCUGUUUGAAAGUGCAAUUAUCAGCAUUUAGAUACAGCCCGAUUCGGAGGGACAGCAUGGAGUCCGAUUAUAAUGAAGCCAAUGAGUCUUCACCGCUAAACUUAAUGCCACGGCACAGAGAGCUCAUACCCACCCCAUGUGGUCCAAUGAAACAAUGUUCAGAAUUAUCCUUCUUAGAGAAGUCAUUCGUCACUGCAACAAUCCUCUCUCUCUUUGCUGUGUCAGCAGUUACAAUUAAAAGUAUUAUAAGUCAGGUUAAAACUGACAGUACAGGUCAAACUCAGGAAGACUUCACCAUCUCAAUGAUACAGCUCAUUGGAAUAGUAUUCUGCUUUUACUAUGUGUUGCGUGGAACUUUCCAGGAGAAUCGGCAGGAGCUAAUUGCAUUUAUUCUAUCCAUUUUACUCGUGGUGAUCCGAUCCGUGGUGAACUUUUCUUCAGCAACACCAAAGGAAAGAGAAGAACUGAAGAUACGAUUUGGGUUCAUUUUGGGGUUUGGGGUUUUUCUUAUGAUAAUAAGUAUCGUUUACCUGGCUAUGAGUCCCAGCAUGAUGGCUUUCAGAGUGAGUGGAGCCAUGGAAAGUGAUCAGUCCCAAUACGUCACGAUGAAUCUCUGUUUCUCUAUGGUGACGUUUGAUCUUCAGGCUCAGCUCUGUCUAUGUGUACUUGUCUUGACUUCAGGAGUGCACCACGUUUCGCAUAUGCAUGCUAGGAUCCUGGGAGUGGGCAUUAUCUGGGCAAUUUUAAAAGCUGCCAUUGGCCUCAUAGCUAUCCUAAAGGGAAAGAAGGUUCUAGUGUGGAUAUUCAUGGUUCAGAAUCUUCCGGAACUGGCCUAUCUGGGAUAUUUGCUCCAUCUGGUUAUCACUGAAUGGGGAUUAAAUGGAACUUACGUUCUAGAAGCUGGCGCAGUUACUGGUGCUUUUAUUUCUGUUGCCAUCAAAGUUGGCUUGGUUUGGUCAAUGAUCCAAGUUUCCCGCUGUUUUGGUCAACGUCUACAUAAAAGAAUGUUUAAUUCCAUGGAGCCAUCCCCCUAGGCUUUGGAUAUUUCCAAGGGUUCAUGGUGUCCUUAUCAAAGUCCUAAUUUACCUGCUGCCAUGAGACCCCUUCCAUAUUUUGAGUGACAUCAUCGAUUCAUAUCUUCCAAGAUUGAGAGUAAAUGAACAGUGAUGAUAACACAGUCAGUUUGCUGCAAUGUGUUUAGCUUUAAUGAACACAUCUAUUUUAAUAUAACCACAUUUAUACAAAGCAAUAGUCUUUUAAGCUGACAAUUUAAAAACUGUAAAGAUAUAGUUUGUUGGGAUAACUCGCUCACUAUUGAAUAUAUACAUUUUGAUAUCAUAUUUAUAGAUAUAUUCAGAGCUUCGAUGCUGAUCAUAUUGCACAUCUUUGAACAGAAGUAUCAGAGUUGUCAAAUUCAAAUUCUGUGAUCGCAUUUGGAGUUAUAAUUAGUUCAUUCUAGUUAGAACUGGACAUGACUUAAUUUGUAGAUUAUUGAAUUAGUCAAUAUGUUGGAAUUAAUUAUUUUUCGUUGAUAACUGAUGCUUCACAAUGACGUUAACACUUCAGCCCAUGGAAUACAGGCGUAAGGAUUGGAAAUGUGCACUAAAAUAUUGUCAUUAGAACAUUUAACACAUUUGUAUGAAAUGACUGUCAGCAUUAAGUAUGUGAACAGUGAUGUUAAAAUAUAGGACAAAGUAAUGUUUAUUUGAUAAUAUUACAAAGUACCAUUUACAGACUUGUCUAUUGAAUGUAAAACUAAUUACUGUUGAAUGCUUGUAGUUUCAUCUGGCACCAUUGUUGACUGCCUGUAUCCAUUUAGCUGGAAGUGUUUGAAAGUGUAAUCAGACUGUAGGAGGCUGAGAUUGGACUGAAUUUUCCAGGCACCCUGAAGGUGGGAAUGGGGGUGGGAGGGCCCCAAAAAUACUUGCGCCAGGUGGCGUGUCAGUUGCAGGACACCAUUCCUGCUGUUGGACAUUUUGGAGGAGGUAGGUUCAGGGCCCUAUUAAGAACUGUCUGAGGCUGAUUCCAGACUCUUUAAGCCCUGGUGUUGUAUAUGACUCCAAAAUGAGCUUCCAACCAUAUAUCUGCCUAUUUCCACCAACAUCAUCCACCCCUGACCCUGUCUCAGCUCACUGGCUGCUGUAACACUCAUUCAUGCCUUUGCAACCCAGCUUGACUAUUCCAAUGCACUCCUGGCUGGCUUCCUAAUCACUGUAAACUUGAGGUCAUCCAAAACUCUGCUGUCUUGUGCCAACUUGAACAAAGUCUCGUUCACCCAACCCCUGUACUUGCUUGGAUCUUGGUCAAGCCUCAGUUUUAAAAUUCAACCUGUUUUUGAAUUACUCCAUGUGCCUCACCUUUAUCUCUGUAAUCUCCUCCAGCCCUACAACCCUCUAAGACAUCUGUGCUCAAUUAAUUCCGGCCUCUUGAACAUCCUCGAUUUUUGUCACUCCAACGUUGGCGCCCUGUAUUCUAGAAAUCCCUCAUUAAACCUCUCAGUCUCUACCUCUCUUUCCUCCUUUAAAACAUUCCUCAAAGUUUAUCUUUUUGACCAAACCUUUGGCCAUCUGACCUUAUGUUGCCUUAUGUGGCUCAGUGUCCAAUUUUGCUCCUGUCAAGCACCUUGGACCAUUUUAUUAUGUUAAAAGUGCUAUAUAAGUAUAAGCUCUUGCAGGAUUUAAGUCUAUUUUAUAUAAGAAUUGUGCUGUGCGAUUUGCCAUAGAGGAGAGAAGAUAUGAAUGUUUUUGAUAAGUGUUAUCUUUACCCUGUGGUUUUGGUUAACUGUAAACCAGCAAAAGAAUAGUUCACCUUUUCCUGAUUUCAAAUGUCCCUGUUUGAAUCUUGGUCACAUGACAUGCUGUUCAACUGUGUCAAAUUUCCCUUGUAUAAAACUUUUAUUGUUGCGAUUUUCCUUUCAUCGCAACUCAUUUCAGGUUCUCUGUUUACUCGUGGUUGAGGGUUUUGUCCUAUGCAAUGCUGCUGUGCUCCAACAUUGAUCUAUGGCCAGUCGAUAGGAACGAGAGGCUGGCAUGGAGCAGCCUGAGUAGAAGUGAAUCCUCUGUGGGCCCCACUUCACCAUGAGCUAAAUGCGAAACCAUUUCAUUGGAGACUGCCAUUGAUGAACUGUGCACUUCCCUGGAUGACAAGGGACUUUUCUGACUACAUUGCAGCACAUCAAACACUAUUUCUCAGCUUACUGCUCCCAAUCUAUGCCCACUGCAGGGCCAAUCGCAAGGACUUUGGGUUGAUAUCUGAAAUGACUGGAACCACUCUGCUAACGAGUGUUUGGUGGUGCUCCAUUCUGUUCAUCACUUUCAGGCUGUAGAACUGGGUCAAAUAAACCCAACUUUAAAUACUACCCCGCUAAAUUCCAGGACAGGGUGAUGGAGUGGGGCUUGCUGCAUUGGAUUUCGGCCCCAUCCUAAAUCCUAGGGAUGGGGUCAUUUUAAUAAUCAGGUAAGUCGGCCUGUGCCUCAGAGACAUCCUCAUAAGGCUGAUGCCACUCCAGUGUUGCAGGGGUGGUGGUGGGUGUGGAUGGGAAGACAGAGGCCCUUUAAGGACUAGAGGUUUUCCUCACAGGGGAACAAAGUGCCUCAUUCAGUGGAUAAUCAGCCAGUCCCUGGGGUCAAUUAAAUUUGCUGUUUACCAUGUCCAGUGAUUUGGCUAAGCUAUGGAACCCAUACCUGCUGUCAGCAUUUAUGGCUUUUCCUAGAUCUAGCUUGCACAUGCUGGCCAGAAUUCCUGGGAUAGCAUAGGAGUGCUCUUAAAGCUGAGGAAGACUCACCUUUGCAGGUCAGAAAUUCCCAUUUGCACUAGUAAAGUUGUUAAGGAGCGUUUUAAGCUCUUUUUAUUUUCCGACUGUAUUUGAAGAGAUAUCAUUUUGAUACUAGGAAGCUACUUCAUUCCUUUUUGUCUAUAAUUAGUGGAAAUUUUGAUCAAGAAUCUGAUUUUUC